AGCAGCGCUUCGUCUCUGCAGUGGGAGCGGAGGAGCAUCUGGAGGAGCGCUGGCCGGCUGGGGAGGUGGAGGACGGGGAGAGACGAAGAAGGAGGAUCCGGGUGUCGGCGAGAAAAGAAAAAAACGGGGUCAGGCCUGGGACUUAGGCAAAACGGGGGAUCCAAACGAGGGAGGAUCAUUCAGUCAUUUUUUUGUUUUGUUUGACUUUUGUGUUGCAUUGGACCGCCAUUCUUUUGGCGAUGCCAUCCAACACGGUCACCACCGCCACCGCUUUCAAGAGCCCCAGCUUCAACUGUGACAGUAGUGGAAAUCUGAUGACUGAAAGUUCAAGGCUGGAGAAGGAUCUUCCCGCAGCGGAGAGGCCAGCGCUCAGCACUCCGGUCCGCAGAGUGGGGCGACCCGGCCGCAAACGCAAGCACCUCCCCGUGGAAAACUGUGGAUCACUGAAAGAUCUGGUGGGCGUGGCUAAGAAUCACAGAGGGGUGGAGCUCCAGUCCUGUUCGCAGGUUCAGGUUCAGAAUGGAGAUGUGGGAAAGAGGCAUGAGGACAGAUCCUCCGAUUGCUCUUAUCCCACGCAGGACAAGAAUGCUCCGGAAAACGGUCUCCCUCGUCCCUCCGGCUGCAGGGCUCAGUGCCCCGCUGACCCGAGCAUGAGCCCCUCCGUGGAGAACGGAUUUGCUCUUGCCCGGGACGAGUGCGACUCUGAGAAGGACAAAGAGGAGACGCUGCCAACCCUGCCUCGCAAGAAACGAGGGAGACGGAAACUGGAGCGGCCGACUAAAUACGUCGAGCAUAAGGAGGACGAGAGUGGAGACUUCUCGAAGAAUGAGGGAGCUCGAGGCAGGCUCCGUGGGGGAGUGGGCUGGGAAGUCAGCCUGCGGCAGAGACCCAUGCCCAGAGUAACCUUCCAGGCCGGUGACCCUUAUUACAUUAGCAAGAGGACCAGGGAGGAGUUGCUGGCCAAGUGGAAGAUGGAGGCAGAGAAAAAGGCCAAGCAGGUUUCCGGGAUGAACUCAAUGGAGGAGCAUGGAGAGGUGGAGGUCGAGCCUCAGAAAAUCAGCGGCACCAUCAGCAGUGCACUGACCCCUGCACCACCACAACAGCAACAACUAGCCCAGCCUCAGGCUUUUCCCAAAGCCCAACCUCAACCACAACCACAGCCCCCUCCCCUACAGCAACCUCCACCUCAGCAGCAGCAACAACAGCAGCCUACGGAUCCUGCUUCCCCAACGGUGGCCACUACCCCAGAGCCAGUACCUAUAGGAGAUGGAGACAAGACUUCUCCCAAGUCCUCUGAAACAGAGGCUGAGUAUGAGGAUGGCCGAGGCUUUGGGAUUGGCGAGCUGGUUUGGGGGAAACUGCGUGGCUUCUCUUGGUGGCCUGGACGCAUUGUAUCCUGGUGGAUGACAGGACGAAGCCGAGCUGCUGAGGGAACAAGAUGGGUGAAGUGGUUUGGCGACAGCAAGUUCUCUGUGGUCUGUGUUGAGAAACUAUUGCCUUUGAGUUCCUUCCACAAUGCCUUUCACCAGCCAACUUACAACAAACAGCCAAUGUACAAGAAAGCCAUCUAUGAGGUGCUACAGGUUGCCAGCAGUAGAGCAGGAAAAGUGUUCCUCACGUGCCCUGAGAGUGACGACACUGACACCUCUAAGUCGGUGGACAUGCAGAACAAGCAGAUGAUUGAGUGGGCCAUGACAGGAUUCCAACCCACUGGCCCCAAGGGCCUAGAGCCACCAGAAGAGGAGCGCAACCCAUAUAAGGAAGUGUACCCUGAAAUGUGGGUGGAGCCCGAAGCUGCAGCCUACAUGCCCCCGCCCACAAAAAAGCCCCGCAAAAGCACGACUGCAGAGAAACCCAAGGUCAAAGACAUCGUUGACGAGAGAACUCGAGAGAGACUUGUCUACGAAGUGCGACAGAAGUGCAGGAACAUUGAAGACAUCUGCAUCUCUUGCGGAACACUGAAUGUUUCCCUUGAGCAUCCACUUUUCAUUGGAGGAAUGUGCCAAAGCUGUAAGAACUGUUUCCUUGAGUGUGCAUACCAGUAUGAUGACGACGGUUACCAGUCUUACUGCACUAUCUGCUGUGGAGGGAGGGAGGUCCUCAUGUGUGGAAAUAACAACUGCUGCAGGUGUUUCUGUGUGGAGUGUGUGGAUUUGCUGGUGGGGCCGGGGGCGGCGCAGGCAGCUAUAAAAGAAGACCCGUGGAACUGCUACAUGUGCGGCCAAAAGCCCCAGUACGGAUUGCUGGAGCGCCGGGCCGAUUGGCCUAGCCGGCUGCAACACUUCUUUGCCAACAACCAUGACCAAGACUUUGAACCUCCAAAGCUAUAUCCUCCAGUUUUGGCAGAGAAGAGAAAACCCAUUCGCGUCCUAUCACUCUUUGACGGCAUCGCCACAGGACUACUGGUGCUGAAGGAGUUGGGCAUUCAGGUGGAGCGCUAUGUGGCAUCUGAGGUGUGUGAGGAUUCCAUCACUGUGGGUAUUGUGCGACACCAGGGGCGCAUCAUGUAUGUUGGCGACGUGAGGAACGUCACACGCAAGCAUAUACAAGAGUGGGGGCCUUUUGAUCUUGUCAUAGGUGGAAGCCCUUGUAAUGAUCUGUCCAUAGUUAAUCCAGCACGGAAAGGUCUCUAUGAGGGCACUGGUCGGCUGUUCUUUGAGUUUUACCGGCUUUUACAUGAAGCUCGUCCUAAAGAAGGAGACGAGAGGCCGUUCUUCUGGCUUUUUGAGAAUGUAGUGGCCAUGGGUGUCAGUGACAAGAGGGACAUCUCUCGCUUUUUAGAGUGCAACCCCGUGAUGAUAGAUGCCAAGGAAGUGUCUGCUGCACAUCGUGCCCGCUACUUCUGGGGUAACCUUCCUGGCAUGAACAGACCGCUGACUGCCAUGAACUCUGACAAACUGGAUCUUCAAGGCUGUCUGGAACACGGCAGGACUGCUAAGUUUGAUAAAUUGAGGACCAUCACCACUCGGUCAAAUUCCAUAAAGCAGGGCAAAGACCAGCACUUCCCUGUUUACAUGAAUGAAAAAGAGGACAUCCUGUGGUGCACUGAGAUGGAGAGGGUGUUUGGCUUCCCUGUCCACUACACAGAUGUGUCCAACAUGAGCCGGCUGGCCAGACAGAGGCUACUGGGCCGUUCUUGGAGCGUCCCAGUCAUCCGCCACUUGUUUGCACCACUCAAAGAGUACUUCGCCUGUGUGUGAACCCCAACGCAGUGAGGAGAAGAGAAACCCAAACUGAUGUAUGAAAUAACAAGAGCCUUGUAUAUUAUUUACAGCAUAAACAUCAAAGUAGGUAUUUCAUGGUAUUUCUUUUGUUUUCAAAAAAAAUUUGACUCUUUUUUUAUUCUAUUUAAUUGUUUUUUUUAUUCAAUUCAUUUUACUUUUUAGCAGUGUUAUCCAGAAUUUGAACUGAUUUAUGUGUGCAAGCUAUACUUGAGAUGGGGCCUCCUAUCAAGGCACUGAGAGACAAAAGCGAGAAAGCAAACGAUGGAAAAGUAGUAGAUUGUUCAUUUCACCGGCAUAAGUUACAGAGUUUGACGUUAAGUAACUGGGCUGGGUUUUUGGGCCGUUACAUCGCUCACUUUUUUCUCUUCUCCAGCGACUGAGCCUUGGCAAGAGCAAAAACAAAAAACAAAACUACAAACACAAGAAAAGGUGUCUUUCUCUUCAGUGUCAGGGGAGCUCUGUCUUAACCAAUCCAAAACACUACAUCACAAAUACCUCUUUGUUUACAGUUUCUAUACACUAACUGAAGGUAAUAAAAGGUACUACUGUAAUAGGUGACAAUAUGGUGCUUCAAGGUGGUGAAAAACAUUGCAACUCAUGUGGUGCUACUACUUCAAAACCGGAUGGGGUCGUCUUUAGACCGUUAGCCAGGUUAAAAAAAAAAGUGACGCUAAACUUCAAACGAGGACUCGUCAAAGCCAGGUCUGCCACAUCUCAUUUUGUAUUUUUUACAGUCUUUUAUACAAUACCUUACUGGUGCUCUACUCCAACUCCUCAGCCUUGCAGUCACUGAGGUCCGUUCCUGCGUCCAUAAACACACACAGACACACACACAGACACACAUACACACACACACACACACACACACACACACACACACACACACACACACACACACACUCGCACACAGAGUGUGCUGGCCUGCCACAUGGGCCGUGAUGUUUUUUUGUCAUCCAUACCUUGAGAUCAACGGCUGUGCUGAGCUACUUUUUUUCUAGCGUCACACAGGCCAGAAUCAUUACUGUACAACUCUCAGCGUGCGCGGCGGCCACAGGGUGGGCAGCGUCGGGUUUGCUCUUGGCCUGCUGGACCCCCCUCUCUAGUGCCCCUCGCAGGCUAUCCUCAGUCAGGUGCAAACUUAAAAAAAAGGUGCGGCUUCACAAUGUUCUUCUACCUUUUUAUAGCGAUUUUUUGUGCUGUGUUACCAACAAUAUCAAGCACUUUUGUAUAUGUAUACUUCUUUUUAUUUCCGUUGAUAUUUUUGAAUAUUUCUUCUUGACUCUUGUGAAUUUUUUUAGCUUUGUUUUGUUUUAUUUUUUCUUUAGUUAUGUUCUAUGAUGUGAAACUCUCUUUACCAUUGUAUGAGGUAAUCCUUUUUUCUGUACAGUAGGGCUGUGCCAAUAGAUGUGAAAAGAAUGGGUUCAUAGGUUAGGGGGAAGUUCACCUGUCGUUCUGGUGGUGAAUCGGGGUUAAAUCAAAAUGCCACCCUGAUCUGCUACAGUGGUGCUUCGUCAUAAUCCACAUUAAGUACUGUCUGCUCCCAGUGUCGUGCGUAUAUGAGCCUAAAAGUACCUUUUGCUAGAUAUGCCAUUUGACGGAUGCUUCUCUCGUGUUGUCAUUAGCGAUGUCUAGUCUCUCCCUAUUAGUUCUGCGGUUGUUUGGAUCACGUCAAAGCAUGUGGCCAUUUAAGGAGCAUAUACCUAUUAAAGGAAUCUAAAUUGUGUUUGCAAGGCUAAACUGACUAAUGUACUCUACUUAACAAGGUAGGCCUGUAUUAUUGGCGGCUUUUGGAAAUUUGUGAAGUUGUUUAGAAUUCUAGUAAAAGUCUAUGUGCAUUUAAAUUAUUGUACUUAGCACAGAUCUGGUCAUUGGCAAACUAUCAUAUGAUGUUUUACAGAAACAAAUUAGAUUUCUUUCUUUUAUUUAAGGCAUUGCACUGCAUACAUACCUUAAUCUUGCUUACUGUUCUGCAGUAACUCCUUUCUUACAUUCAGAUGAUAUCAAUGCCCAUAUUUUUUGUACAUUUUGUACAUAGAAUAUGUCUGUUGCUGUUUUUGACUGUUUUAAAAUGACCUAUGAGAUGUACAAAUAUAAUUCUUUGCUAAUAUAUAUCAUGGAAUCAAAAAAAAAAGUCUCCAAAUGCAAAGAGAGGGGUAAUUGACAAAAUUGCGACAUGAGAAAUUGACAUAAGCUAUAGAGCAGUGGGGUGGGAAGACUGCUGGUCUUUUGUGUUUCAUAUUUAUAUGUCGUGUGUUGAACAAGGAAAGCAAAAAGAAUGAAUUUGCCAAGUGAUCUUAACAGUAGAUGGAAAAUUCCAUCUUUUACUGCACAGCCCUACAUACAAAAAGUCUGUUUUUAUUUGCGUUUAAUUCUUUUAUAAGUAAUAAAAGGGGGAUUGUAGGUGUUUCCUAAGGUGCUAAACAUUUUAUCUAAUUGAGAAAAAACUAUAUUAUUUGGAAGAGAAAUAAACUUGUCUUGACAAUGACUGUUUUUAUGUUCCUUGUAGUAUUGGAAAAGCACUAUUAUUUUACUCUCUCAUAUAAAUAUAUUAACAAAGGCAUUUUAACUUUGUACUUGAAAAAAAAAUGAUAAUGAUGAAAAGAUUCUUAUAUUGUUUUAGAAUAGACAUUGCUGUAGUUGGUGCUUAUCUGUGGGAAAAUCAUGUACUCAUAUUAGGAAGUAAGAGAAAAAUUGUAAUAACUUUUGCUGUUAACAUGUACUUGCUUAAUAUCCAGGCAGCAUUGCUUUUAAGUCCUACAUUCCAUGCCAUAUAUCCAGCCCUCCAUCUUUGUUUUUUUUUUUUUUUUUUUUUUUAAGAUCAGUUUUAUUUUAUAUAUUUUUGGCUACUGUGGCCUAUUUGUUUGCUUUCGUAACAGGUUCUCUAUAUAUAUAUCUCAGUGACACUGUUGAUUUUGUGUGACCUCUUCUGUGUCAUAACUGUUUUCAAGCCUUCUCCUUUCGAGAUCAGCUCAUACAGCAGAUGUAGCAGUCAUUUUCCACCUCUCCUCCCUCUCUCUUUUGUUAUGUGCCCAGAACGAAGAAAAAAGGCUCCUUAUGUACUUGUGCUGGAGAACACUUGAAUAAAUGUAUUGUUUUUUGUGCAAAAAUGA